CAAAACCCCUAAUUUCUCCUGCCAGUUUACUGUCCCCAUCUCCCCCCUCGCCAUCGCUGGGAUCGUUAGCUCCAUUGUUGUCUGAGCAAUUCAAAUUGUUUUGCUCGAAACCGGAAUCUCCAUUGCCGUCGUCGUUCUCGUCUUCGUACCUGUCGGAGGAAUCGUAGAGAUUCGAGUUCUGAUGCAUAACCAUGGCGACGGGACGGGCGGCGAUCGGCGAAGGUCCGCGCUCCAUGUGAUCCAUGAGCUCGAAGAAUUCCCAGGAAUUCGGGUAGGGUUUGACCCGCUCGGAUCUGUAGCGCUUCCGGAGCUUCUCGAUCUUGUGGCGGCACUGCGUGGAGGUUUUGGAGAGCUCGUCGAAGCCGCAGCGGGCCGCGACGGCGACGGCCACCUCCUCCCACUGGUUGGCCUUGAGCGGGCCGCGAUUCAGAGAGUACCAUUUCUCUCUGUAAGUUUGGAUGAGGCUGACCGUCUCCUCGGAGGUCCAGGGGAGGGGAGGGGUCUUCUUAGAGAGCGGCGAGGGGAGGGAGGAGAAGUUUCCGUACUGAUCGGAGCCCGGUGGAGGGGAGGAACCGCCGGCCAUUGGCGGUUGCGAGAUAUGCGGCGGAGAAGGAUGAGGAAGAAAUUGAGAUGGAGAGGUGAAUUUAUCGAUGGGGUGAAACUGGUGGCGGAAGAGGAGGACGGCGGUGGUUUGAUAGGCGGAUGGGUGGAUAGCCUAUGGGCCUCAACCGACCCGUUUCCUUAUAUUUGGGCUUUUCACCUCUUUUUUCCGAAGUUUUUCUCGUGCGGCCCGGCCCGAAGCUCGCGGGUAUCCAUUCGGGCCGAGCUUGAGAAUCAAUUGUUAGGCCUGAUAUAUGGGUCACGACGGAGUCGGGCCUAGAAAGUUUUUGUACUGUAACGUCUCGGCCCAGCCCGAAACCCGGUCCAGCCCGUACUUUAAUCCGGACUAGUUGCAACACAUUCAGAUCUUCAUAGUUCCACAUACCAUACGUUGAUGUAGAUCGAGCCCAAUGCAAGAUUGUUGAUAUAGGCCUGAUGGCCCAACUCUGAUUCUAUUAUGCUAGCCUGCUUUUGGAGGUUGGAUAGGGGCUAGUGAGCCCGUCGAUUAAUAUAGAGCAUGAGCCCAU